UUAAUCUCCCCUCAAUCUGGGGCGGGGGCGGGAGGGGGGACCCCCCCAGUCCCGCCGGUCCAUGGUGAGGCGGAGGCGCCGGCAGCACCCAGAGAAUGGUGAAUAACACUGAAGACCCUCAAGAGGCUUUGUAACGUCCCAUCCUCAUGUAAAGUAUGCUCAGAACUUUUCCAGUAGUCCUGCUGGAAACCAUGUCUCACUACACAGACGAGCCAAGAUUCACCAUAGAGCAGAUCGACCUCCUGCAGCGCCUGAGACGCACGGGAAUGACCAGGCAUGAGAUCCUGCACGCCCUGGAAACCUUGGACCGUCUGGACCAAGAGCACAGCGACAAAUUCGGGAGAAGAUCCGGCUACGGAGGCGGCUCCUACGGCAACAGCACCAACAACGUGCCGGCGUCGUCCUCGACGGCCACGGCCUCCACGCAGACGCAGCACUCGGGGAUGUCGCCGUCCCCGAGCAACAGUUACGACACCUCCCCACAGCCUUGCACUACGAAUCAGAACGGGAGGGAGAGUAACGAGAGGUUGUCUGCCUUCAACGGGAAGAUGUCGCCCACCCGCUACCCGCUGGCCAACAGCCUGGCCCAGAGGUCCUACAGCUUCGAGGCUUCCGAGGAGGACUUGGACAUCGACGACAAAGUGGAGGAGCUGAUGAGGAGGGACAGCAGUGUGAUAAAGGAGGAAAUCAAAGCCUUCCUCGCCAACCGGAGAAUUUCCCAAGCAGUUGUUGCACAGGUAACAGGUAUCAGUCAGAGCCGGAUCUCCCAUUGGCUGUUGCAGCAGGGGUCGGACCUGAGUGAACAGAAGAAAAGGGCAUUUUACAGAUGGUACCAGCUUGAGAAGACAAAUCCUGGGGCUACACUAAGCAUGAGACCCGCUCCCAUCCCAAUAGAAGAGCCAGAAUGGAGACAGACGCCUCCCCCAGUCACAGCUACCUCUGGGACCUUCAGACUACGGCGAGGCAGUCGGUUCACGUGGAGAAAGGAGUGCCUGGCUGUUAUGGAGAGUUACUUCAAUGAGAAUCAAUAUCCCGACGAGGCAAAGAGAGAAGAAAUUGCCAACGCCUGUAAUGCAGUUAUACAAAAACCAGGAAAAAAGUUGUCGGAUUUGGAGCGAGUUACCUCCCUCAAAGUGUACAACUGGUUUGCCAACAGGAGGAAGGAGAUCAAGAGAAGAGCCAAUAUUGAAGCAGCAAUCCUGGAGAGCCAUGGAAUAGAUGUACAGAGUCCAGGAGGUCACUCCAACAGCGACGACGUGGACGGCAACGACUACUCAGAGCAGGACACUUGGCAAGUACGCAACGGGGAGGAGGAGGGACGGUGUUCCGAGGGAGGCAGAGAAGCAGAGAAGGUAGAAGAAGACAGGAGGAUCUGCUCCAAACAAGAUGACAGCACUAGCCAUAGUGACCACCAAGACCCCAUUUCCUUAGCAGUGGAGAUGGCAGCAGUCAACCACACCAUCCUGGCGCUGGCCCGGCAAGGAGCCAAUGAGAUCAAGACAGAGGCUCUGGACGACGACUGAUGCCAAGAGAGGGGAGGGUCAAAGCAAGAAGUAACUUAGUUUUAGACGUAGCACCUUAGCAGACUUUCCUCAGUCCUUAAUAUGUGUUCUUACAGUAUAACUUUGCAGUUUCUUGUACGUCAGUUAGCUGUUAGGGUCUUGUUCUGUGAAGAUGGCAUGGUGCCCUCAGCCUUUGCAUAUACUCUCUCAGUAUUAAUUCCCAAUAAAUAAUCAAUCAACCAACCAACCUCCCUCUCCCGGCCCCCAGUGGCUAGAAAGGUAAAAUUAAAAAAAAAAAAAAGAAAAAAAAAAAAGAAAAAAAAAGAGAAAAAAAAAAAUCUUGCUGCUCUGUCUUAGCAUUCAAAGUGCUUCCAGGUAUUUUAGACAGCCCUCAAUUACAAGUCUUUAGGCUACACUUAAAAUCUUGGAUAACCUUAGAGAUGGUGUUGAAACCGAUAGUCCGUACGCUUUCCCUGCCCUGAGACUGAAAGGAUGCAAGCUGAGGUAGUGGCACAGGGUCGAUGGACACCAGACUGGGAUAUCAACAGAGAGUAAAAAGAACACUUAGAAACCCCACUCCAGCAUGGGAAUAAAUGAUUUCCAGCUGCAAUAAGCCGUGCCUCACUGGUCAUACAGUGACUCCGUUUACUUUUCGGGUGCUGUGCCGAGAAUGUCCAUUGGAAACACAUCCCCACAUUUCAGUUGAUGCUCACACGUUCAGCACAGACAUCCUCUGCUCUCACAAGCUGCGUGGCUUAGUGGAGAAGUGCUGCCUUCUGCCUCUGCGACCGUGGUCGAAGCCCAGCCUGGGAUCAAAUGAAAAAUGAGCUGAAUGUCUAAAUGGACAACAAGUCCACUUCUCAGAACCACUGCUCGUUCUUGGCAUGGCUGGCAGUGCCUGCUCAGAAGAGGUCUAGACUCUUAGCCAUCUGUCAUUAACAAUUUCACCUUUAAUUCCUCCUCUCUCACCUUUUCUGUCCCCGCUCUGCUCCCCUCUCCACUUUGCCACUUUCGAAAGCAAUGUUUUCCAGGAAGGUUGUUAAGGUCCUGAAAUGGGUGAGUGGAUUUUUACACGCCUGUGUAAGUAAUGCCUACGUCCUGACUAGCCUGAAAGGUUUCUGGAGAAUUCGACAUCUGACCUUUGCUAGAUAACCAUCAGAGCAUAAAUAUUCUCCUAAAUACGAACUUCUUUUGUUUGUUUGAAGGCAGGAGGAUCUCUUACCUGAGAAAUGGGGUGUGAAUGUUUUGUGUUCUCUUUACUCUGUCUUUGUUAAGGUGUGAGAAAGCUAUACUGCUACGAGCAAUUUAAUUAAUAAUUGGAAGCCAUACUGAUAAUGGAUGUGGUAAUAUUUGUAAAGCAAACCUACUCUAAGUAGCAGGAACUAAUGGAAUUGUUUUCCUUGAUCAUAUGUAGCACUUUUGUUACUUUUUUCUUAAAGAUAUUUAUAUUUGAUAAGUCUUUUUUUUAUCAUUUGAGAAUUCCAAAUACCAAACAGCGAACUUGCAUUACAGAGUCACCCUGCAAUCACCUUGUCAUCUAGUAUCUAAAUGAUGAACUGUGUGUGCAUCUAAGAAAAUUACAUCUGCUAGCAUUGUGUGGAAAUGAUCUCCUGGCAUCCUGAUAAAAUGAUAUGUUGCUGCCGGUAAGAGGAAACGUUUGGAUGGAAACAGCACGAGAAGCGUUAGAGACGGGCAGGGCUGUGUUGCAUUAACAGAGAACAAAUUCAAAACCUACGGAAAUUUUUGUAUGGAGACACAUACAGAAAAGUUUGCAUAGCAUUUCCCUCCACGUUCCUCUUUAUCUUCCCAGUUUGUGUGGGGAUAGCCUAAAGAGGGGAAAACAGCUCAAGGAUGGGUGGUUUCCCUUUGCUCCCCUCUGCUUUGGAGGUGGAGCAAGGGGAAAUUCCUGUAUCUCGCCUUGUUCUCACCCCUUCCUCCCUCUUAACCCUCAGAGAGGUUCGUGAUGGCUCCAGUGUGGCUCCUGAGCAGUUUUUGAGCCAGGCUGAGCCCUCCAGCUCAGCUUUUCCUCUGUCCAUGUGGAGCAAACUGCUUUCCCACGUGCUGAGGAGAUCCUGUGCUCUCGGAGGGCACCGCCGUGCCACCUCUGUGUCCCUUGGAAGAUCUAUAGGUAGGGCUUGGCCUCGACUUCCACUUAUGGAUUUCAUUGGAGAAUUUAUGUGCUUUCCUUAGAUACAGAUCACUGGAGCAGAAUGAAGCCGUCUUUUUUUCCUGUUUUAUUGCAUUUCUCGAGUAGGCAAAUUCAUGAGUAGCAUCAGGGCGGACUCAGGAAAGGCAGGACUUGGAUCAGUGACCAUUGCACCACUGCAGUUAUUUUCUUACUGCCUGUAUGAAUGUUUUGGUACUUAGGAGUGAAAGGAUGGGGAGAGCUUUUAUUUCUAUUUUUGCACAGCAGAAUGAUCGAGCAAACUCGAGCCUUAGUGGAAUUUUACCUACUUAUUCAUUCCACAGUCACACACUGAGCUGACAAGCAACAUCCACGAUUUAUAGUAAGGAGAUUUUAAUAAUCGAUGACCUCUUUACGUUGGGCUUGCCACCACCAUUUGUUCUGGCUGUUUCAUUUUAAAAAGAACAGACUCAAACUGUUGGACAGCUGCAAUUUUAAAAGAAAUACUGCUUAUUGCUUACUACAGUAUCUGUAAAAAAAAAAAGGCAUUGUUUGAGGCUUUGCCUUUUUAAAGCAAUAGGGAAGAAUAAAAAUAGCAUUAUAACUUCUGUAUCCUGAUUAUAGGUUCAUGUGAUGCAGGAUCAAAGUAACACCAUUGAAAUUGUGUGUCUGUACCAUCUAAUGUAGAAUAAUCUGGUCUUAAUUCUGUUUGUCACUGUCAGGAAGCUGCUGACAUCCCACACAGCAUCUUCUCUGAAGGUUAAACAGGUAAAAAGCCCCUUGUGAGCAACUGGAGAUUGGCAGAUCUUCCUGGGCUGUAAACACCCAGUUUUUUACCUUCCCACAUUGUCAUCUUACUAGGGAAAAUGUCAAAUUUUUGAGGAAUCAGCCCCUUGGUUCCAUGGGGUCAGUGUUUGAGGUGUGUGUGUUCCAGCUUCUCCUUGGGUAUCAGGAGGUACAAGGAACGAGUGGCACCUCAGCUGUCCCCAGGGUGCUCCUGGCAGGUUGUUCCCUUCAUUCUGGAAGUUCAUUUGCAGCUAGUCAAUCCUUUUUGGUUUGAGGUGAAUUAUCUGUAAUGGGACAGGUGCUGAUGGUACCGAGGCGAGCGAAUGUGAUCUGGAGUAAGUGAAAGAAUCAGCGGAGGCUGUGUCCUGGAAUUCAGGAAUCCUGUAAUUCUUUCUUUUGGGGCUUUUUCCACAAUAUGGGAGUUGUCUUUGUCUUUCUGCCUGUGGGCUGCCUUGGAAAUGAAGCCUCAUCUGGGUAGCAGUGCAGUGGAGUGGCAGUUUGUUGUAGCCAGGCUGGAGUCACACUGCAGUUUGUUUCGUUGAAGUGGCUCUGGUGGCAGAUCUGAGCUACCUUUUUGUUCUGUGAACAGAGAAGAAGUUAAUUUAAGAAGCUCCUCAUCUGUGAUGGUCACAGAUUGCUUUUGCCUUCGUAGAGUGAGUUCUGGCUGAUAUUUUGUCCCUCAUAAAGUCCUUUUACUUGAGUUGUUGUCUCUGACCGUCUUCUUAAAACAACAAUUUCUACCUCCACUUCUUUUCUGGAUUGUUUUGGUGUUGGGUAUUUUUUUAGUUCCCCCACCCUUUUUCCUGAAGUAUGAGAUCCCAAACAUUUACAAAAGCCUUAUGAGUUGAUAAAAAUCAGCAGAUUUGUUUUCUGUUGAAUACUCUGCAGACACACAUGUGGUUGCAGUGAAAUCCUGUGCUGGAUGUGAGUCUGCAGUGCACCCUUGCAGUAAUUAAGGAAUCUCAUUAAGAGCCUUCAGGAGGUCAUGGAAAGGGUUUGGACCCCUCUGUCCAUCAUUUGUGGGGCCAUGGCAUGGGCAGGAGGGGGCAGAUGGGAGGGUUGGAGCACAUGCCACAUAGUGGGAGAUUGCAGGAGCUGGGGUUGUCCAGACUGGCUCUGGGUUUUAACUGUCUUAAUAAAUUAGUUUUGCCUAGUGCAGGAUCAGGAGUUGGACUUUGAUGAUCCGUGUGGGUCCCUUCCAACUCAGGAUAUUCUGUGAUUCCAGAGAAGGCAGAGCCAGGCUCUUUUCAGAGGUGCCCAGCAAAACCCUGAGGGGCAGAGGGCUAAAGCUGCAUGAAGGAAAAUCCCAGAUGAGUAUAAAUAGAAGUAUUUUCAUGCUCAGUGCUAGAAAUGGCCCAGAAAGUCAGUGAAAUUCCCAUUCUUGGGGAUACUCAAAAUUCAACUGGACAGGGUUGGAUUAGAGACCUCUAGAGGUCUCUUCUGACCUAAAUUAUUCUCUGAUCCUGUGCCGACCUGCUCAGGCUGAGGUGUUCCCUAGUUCUGAUUUGUACAUGUUGACUUGUUUAAAGAAAUCCUGGUAAUUUGUUGAGGGUUUUUUCUGUUUUGCUGUUCAUAAAAAUUAUCUUUUCUAGUUUACUAAUAGAGGGGAGCUUUAUUUGCAGGGUCUGGCUCCAGGCUCCAAUCAAGCCAUAAGUUAGAGAUUUCAUUAAUUAUUUGCUCUGUUUACACAGUUCUUCAGGGAUAUUUGACUUAUUCUGUUUGUUUCAUUACCUAACGUCAGACUGGUAAGUUUUUUCAUGUUUUUGUAACAUUUGUGAUUUGUAGAUCAGUUUUUGCCUUCAUUUGUGAAGAUUUAUCUUUGUCUUGCUGCUGUGAGUGCAAGUGAGAAACUCCACAUAGCUGAACCUAUUUCAGGAAAAAUUGAGAUUAACUCAAGACCACUGGUGACUGCUGUGAUAAGCCAGAAAUUUUGGGUCAAUAAAUCACAAAUUGAUGAUUAUUAGGAGCUGGAAGGGUUUGAUUGGGAAAAAGUCAUAUUUUGCUCACUUGGAUCCCCCUUUCCUUAUGCUGUUGGCCACUUCUAGGAAAAGCAGUGUGGUAGCUGAAAUAGGUUUUAUUUUUCAUACAAUUAAACCCACUAAAAUUGGUGUAAGAAUUUUCCAAACUCAGAAUUGCUGCCUUGAUGCAGGAUGUUGGUUCCCUGUGCAUGAUCCUAACUGGAAUCCAAAACUGGAGUCACAUUUUCCUUUGCAAAUUACUAAAUUCACUGUGAGACCCUGCCCAUAAUCCUGAGCUGGGAGUGUUCAGCUAGGGAUGGUUUCCAACCCCUCCUCUGCUUUAUCCCUACUCAUUUUAAUUAAUAUUUAUAAUAAUGUUCCUCCUCCCACUCCAGCUCCAUCAUGGUGCAGCCCCCACUUCCCAGUGCUCAUCAGCUUCUUUCAAACUCAUUGUGUAAUUACCAGCAAAUUUUAGGGGGUUUUGUCAAAACUUUGCUCUCAUUUUAUCUGAGUUUUCUCACUCAAGUAGCUCUUGCACUCUUUGAUGUUAUUUAACUCGAUAAUAUUAUUUUGAUCAAAGUCUUAAGCUUGUAGGCAAUAAUCUUUGGUUUGGUGCAGCUUUUGGCAGGAAUAUUUGUUGGCAGGAUUGGUCUUAAAAUUGUGUUACAUGUCAGUGACCUUAAUAUAUGUUCCUUCCAUGGAUUUUCUGUGUUUGUAGCAGCAGUCAGGGGUUGGAUCCUGAUCCCGGCUACUUUAAUGGAGUUUUGUGGAGUUUUCACUGUGAUUCCUUGGAAGGGAAGGUUGAUCACCUGACCAAAAAAAUACCUUGCAGUUCCCGAGAAGAUAUUUCAACCUAAAACAUUCCCCUUUGGGCUUUUGAGCAGCUGGGAUAUUUACUCAGGAUAUUGGAUCAGUUAUUGGCCAAAAGGGAUUUGGUACAGCCCUAAAACCUUCAUUUCUGCCUCUCUUGCUGCUGUCAAAUUUACGGGGUUUGAACUGUCUGACUAAAGACGUUGCACAUUCAUGAAAACCAGAGGCAUUCUAGAGAUGGCAGCUACAAAUCCAAAUUUAAAAUACACUGAAAUUAUCUUUUUUUUUUCCUUUGUGAGAAAUGUGUUACAACUAGAGGAGCGUGGUUGGGUGUUUUGAGGACUGUCAGUAUGGUGACAGUGAUUUGAUGUUGGUUUUUGUCCAACAAACGUAAAUCAAAUCAAACCAAUGGAAGUUUUAUCUCGGUGGCAGCAGUGAGGCAGAGGGAGAAAAAUUUAAACUUUUUUACUAAAGAGUUUGUUGCCAUCCUUGGCCUUGAGUUUUUGUCACUUAAAAAUGGCCUGGUAUUGUUUGUUCUGUAGUUUAUAUCAGAGAAUUGUGGAGUGGGUUGAGUGGGAAGGGAUUUUAAAGAGCAUCCAGUCCCACCCAUGCCAUUGACAGGGACACCUUCCACUAUCCCAGCUUGCUCCAAUGGCCUUGGACAUUUCCAGGGAUGGAGCAGCCCCAACUGCCACAGAGCUAGAAAAGAAUUUGCCAUUUGAAACGCGGGGAGGGGGAAGAAUUCACAGGACAUUUUAAAUGUCCCUUUUAAUCAGGCUGAUGCAGUGAAAGAACCGCUGGGCUUGAUGGCUGCAGCGUGGAGCUCUUUCCCAUUCUUUCAGGGAGGUCUGGAGUGCUCCAGCCAAGAGCUCGAGCAGGAAUGAACUGAAACCAUUGAGCUGGAGCGGGCUGGUGAUGGGCCUUUGAUGUUUCUGUAUGUGCAGAACAUCUCUCCCUCAGCUGCCUUGGCAGAAGCCUCCCUCUGCCAUUUAUUCCCUCUGUGCUCAAUGGCAGCGGGUGUGUUCUGCUGAUCAAAACACCCAGCACACUUGUGCUGAAUCCUUUCAGGCUGCAGCCAGGGUAAUUGGGAUGGGCAGGAUAAAUGCAUGGGAGUAUGGCAGUCGCAGUGAUGGCAGCUCUUUUCAAUGCCUGGGUGUCCCUGACGGGUAAUUAGCGGCUUUAGAACUGCGGGGAUUGGCAUGGCCGUGAUUAAAAGGAUUUCUGUCUUUUCUGUGAUUGAAAACAGAAGAUCUCCCGCCCCCUAAUUCUCUUUUAAUGCCGGUGUUAUUAGUGACACUUGGAACACAGCUCCUCUGUAAACUUAAAUAAUGACCUCGGUGAAUGGUGACUUACAAGAGCAGGGACUGAACCGAGCUCAGUUUCUAUGCAAAGCUGCCCCUCCCGAUUCUGUGUUCCUGCUCCACGUGCGUGUCACUCCCAGCGAGUUCGGGAGACAAAGAGGACAUUUGGUGGUGUGACAGCCUGGGGACAGAUUGCCAGGGCCUGGUUUAGCUCUUCUGGCUCAUUGUGGAUUUAAGGAGAUGAAGAGGAUGAGCCAUGAGCUCCACUGGACCCAUCCUGAGUUUUCCUUGGAGCAGGGAAUGUCCCUGGCUCUUGGGUGCCAUUCCAAAUUCCCAUUCCCUCUUUGGAAGCCUUAUCAGCACUUCUUGCCGUGUUCUCCUCCAGCUCUGCUCUCUCAAGUAACACAGUGUAGUGAUGGGAGCUAAUUCCCCUUUUUCCUUCAAAAAAUCUCAAAAUUCCCCUCACAGGAGAGCUGGCUGGACACCAUCCUUGCCAUUCACCCAGGAUAUCUGGUGGUGACCCAAAAUAUCAUCAUUUUCCCCUGAUCUGUUGCUGUAGUCUCCAAAAGCAUCUGCCAUGGGGUGUUCUGUGCCUUUUAAAUCUGUUUUUGUGAGUAUCUGUUGCCCACUGAGCACUGCAGAGCCUGUGCUCCAUUUCUGCCCUUAAAUUUCUUGACCAGAUUUUUCCAUAGUGCUGUUCUCCCCUUACCAGGCAGGUUUCCACAUUUUGUUGGCAUGUAAAGAUGCUUAGAGGGACUCUUGAGUCAAAUUUAGUAAAACUAGCAGCUUCCUAUCACCAAAAAAUCCUUGAGAGAAUUUAGGGACUUCCUUAGGCUUUUAUUUAAAUCUUCCAGUUACUUUUCAGCUUCUUUGCACUGAAAUCCUUGUGAAUCCCAGUUCAGAGAAGACCUGUGGCUGUGGGUACUUCAGUUCUUCGAGCACAGUUCCCAUUGCACUCACAGUACCAAUGGGAACAACUUCUGUUUUAGAAAAUAUAUUUUUAGAGAUUCACUUGCUGCUGUCACUGGCCUCAAUUCAGCUUCCCCGUCCUCCUCUCCCUUCUCCUUAACUAAUUAAAGUCUUCCAUGUUAUGGCAAGAUGGCAUAUGUAGCUUAAAUAACCCACCUCUUUAAUUAAGAGGUUGGAUUCAGCCUUCUGAGAUAUAUUUGACAUCAUUUGAGAUUUAAAAAUACAUUUUACUUACACAGUUUAUCCGUCAGAUCGCUCAAGGAGGGCAAAGAGAUAAUGAAAGUAAAUUAUUAAUUAAUAUUUCUCACCCAGUAUAUUCCAUUAAGAAUGUUAAGCAUUUAUUCCAUUCCUCAAAGCACGUUUGACUUUGGAUAGAAUUUUUUUUUUAAGUCUGCCUGCUGAUGAAGUUUUUGCUGUCUCUCUUUGACAGGGCUGUAGGGACAGGGUGGAAAAUACUCUUCAGGAGCUGCCCAGAGCCAGGAAUUCCGAGUAUCACCUCACUGACCAGGUUUCCCAUUUCCCUUGUGCAUUGUGGACAGAUCUUUUCAAGCCAAACAGGCUGUCCCUGACACAUCCAAGCUGCUUGAAAACAAUUGGUGAAAUUAUGGAGUGAAAACAGCAGCAGGAGCAUCUCCACCUCCAGGGUAUGGGAUGGAGUGGGAUGAGUUUGGGUUUGGAAUGGUGAAGGAAUUCAGGA